UUUGAAAUUUAGGAUUUAUUUGUAGAAAGUUCAUCCGUUGAUAGCUUUGAGUUUCUUUUUCGGGACUAUCGCGCUCUGGACGGCUCUGUUGCUGGCGCUCGUGCUCCCAUCUUGAUACUGUGGUCAUUGUGUGCUGACUGCGUUUUAUUUAGUGGCUAUUGAAGAUUUGGAUUAGGAUUUCAUUUCUUCCGGUUGGCUAGCCUCUUCAUUGGUAAUCUCUUCAUGUAUGAUUUUCCCUCCGUUGUCGUAAGUGUAUUGUGUAGGUUGGUUUUGUGUGUUUAUAUUAAUGUUAAUUUAGUUGAAUUUGGGUAUUUUUGCUUGAAUGUGUUUGGUGCGUUGAAAUUUCUGUUUGGGGGUAUGGUUUUUGGUGAAAAUUGUGUUAAAUAGGUUGGAUUUUGGUAUUUUUGCUGCGAAUGUGUUUCGUGUGGUGAAGUUUGUAGCGUUUUUGGGUGUUUUGUUAUCCUUCCGGUUGCGGUGUCCACAAAAUUUGGAAGUUCUCAUGGGGUCCUCUCCUUAAAGACCUAUCACAAGUUGACGAUAGUGGCCUGCAAAAAUCAAACAGCUUAAAAGUAUGGAUCCGGAGGCUGCUCGAGCUGCACGAGAAUCUCUAGACCUGGCGUUCCAUAUGUCCAAUAUACUUGACACAGGUCUAGACCGACACACACUUUCGGUUCUAAUUGCACUUUGUGAUCUUGGAGUCAAUCCUGAAGCACUUGCUGCUGUUGUCAAGGAACUAAGAAAAGAGAAGCCCUCGUUAUCAUCAUCACUUCCCGAGGCUCCUUCUUCUUUUCCAUAAAUAAAUGGAUAUUUUUCUUAUAUGUGUGCUUAAGUUCUUUGAUCCAUCCAUUUUUGUGUGUUCCUCAUCCGUUCCUUGAAUUUCUUGUUCAUCGAAUUGGGGUAGUGUCAUUGUUUUAGUACAAGGGUGAUGCGUUGCAAAUAGAACGUCAUUUGAAGGUUUAUCUUUGAGAUUAAA